AUGAAGUACUCUAUUACUCUCGGUUCUACUUUUAUCGCCGCCGCUCUCGCGGGACCUGUUUGGACGCCACCGACAAGAGAUUGUCCGGGGGUCGGUUCAGUCGAACUAUUUACGCGUUUUCGAGACAUGCAAGACGAGUUCUGUGGAGGCGAAAACAAAUUUGGUAUAUCAGAGUCCUCAUGCAAGCUCGAGGUUCGUCGUUGUGUCGAGGGCAUCAAGCGCGUAUGCUCAGUCGACGAUGGCGCUAGUCAAUUGGAAAAGUGCAUGGACGAUAAGAAGAAUACCCAUGAUGAACUUGGAUAG